GUAUUGAUUGCUUUGAGCGGCUGCUUGGCCGGAUGCAGGGGCAAAGAUUCCCUUGCAGGUGAUAUCGUUUGGCAUGGCGGCGAGUGUGCAAGAUCGCAGCAUGCAGCUGUCUGCGAUGCUGCCCUUUGCGAUGGUCUUUGGCGGCUGCAUGUCGGCGGUCAUUGCGAUGGAGUAUGUACUGAAGGCCAACCCAAAGGCGGGGAACCUGUUGAGCAUCUCCGAGUUUGCCUUUGUGCUGGUUCAGAGCUUCCCCGGGCGUGUGGACAAGGCAGGGCUCCGGCCUUUGCGGAUGCCCCUGCAGAGUCAUUUGCAUCAUGCAGUGCUGUGGGUUUCCAUGUCCGUGCUGGCAAAUGUCGCCUUUGGCUUUAACAUCUCGGUGCCGAUCCACACUUUGUUCCGGUCCUGCAACGUGAUUGCGUCGGUGCUGCUGGGGUAUUUGGUCUUCGGCCAGCUGUACAGCCUGAAGCAGCUGGUUUGCGUCCUGCUCAUCACCGUCGGGAUCUUCCUGGGAAGCGUCGGCGAUGCCAAGCAGUUCUUCUGCACAGACUGCGGAGGCCUUCCGGGUGCGGCGCACGGGGAGGAAGGCUUUCUGAGGUGGAGCUUCGGCAUCCUGCUGCUGGUCUUCGUGCAGCUCUUGCAGGGCUUCCUGGGCCACACCCAGGCGAUGCUCUACAGGAGACACGAGGGGUGCGGCAGCAAGGGCGAGCUGGCGGAGGAGUUUCUCUUCACGUCCCACGUGGUGAGCUUCCUCCCGUUCGUUUUCCUUUGGGAGGAUGUCGCAGCUGCCGGCAGGCUGGCAGUGGCAUCCCCACCGCUCUUCAGCUGGCUGCCGAUCCCCUCGCAGAUCCUGUUCUUCACGGCGAACAACUUGUGCCAACUGGUGUGCAUCAAGGGAGUCUUUCGGCUCUCGGCGCACUUCUCGCCGCUGACGGUGAACAUCACUCUCUCGGUGAGGAAGUUCCUGUCCGUGGUGCUGUCGAUCCUGUGGUUCGGGAACCCCUGGACCUUCCUGCAUUCCAUGGCCACGGUGACCAUCUUCGGUGGUGUCUUUGCGUACUCCCAGUGCCCUCCUGUGGAAAGCAAGAAGGACGAGAAGAAGGAGUGAGGCGCGCUGCGCGCUGCGCUUCGCUUCGCGGG